AUGUCGCUCUAUUAUGAGGCAGCUGAAGUUCUAGCUGCUCCUACUAAUCAGGGUGGUAGUUUGAGAUCAAGAAUUUUCAGCAAGAAAGACUUGAAAUCGCAACCAGCUCAAAUCUAUGCUCUGGCGAUAGAGACGUGUAAAUGGAGUCCAGUUUUGAAGGAUGUGAUCGAAAAUGCGGAUUUGUUGCGUUUAGAGCGAAAGCUAACUCCAACUUUGUCUCUUCUUCUCGUCCAUGACUUACUCUUGGCAAAGAGAGGAAUUGCUCUCCCAGCUACUCAUGGUUUACGAGCCUCAAUUGAGCGGCAUAAGGGGAGGUUGCAAGCCGAGUUGACCAAGGCAAGACUUCGGAGAAAAAUGAGCACCAUGGAAGCUUUAAAAGCUUAUGUCGAGACAGGUCAGGAGAAUGCAACUGAUACAUCCGAAGCACCUUACCCUCGUUGGAUACGUAUCAACACUUUAAAGACUACUCUUGAAGAUCAACUCGAAUCUACUUUUACUGGAUUUGAACGUGCAGCGACGAUCGAUGCUGUUAGACACCGGGGGUCUAAACGCUUAUAUAUCGAUGUUCACAUUCCAAAUCUCAUUGCUAUAUCUCCAAAUAUUGAUCUCUCAAAGAGUGUAGCAUACAAGUCUGGAGAAAUCAUCUUCCAGGAUAAAGCGUCAUGUUUUCCAGCAUAUCUCCUUGAUCCUCUUGCUGAAGACGGUGAUAUUAUCGACUCUUGCUCAGCACCUGGUAACAAGACCACUCAUAUUGCGGCUAUUUUAGUUGAUCGACUUCCUGAACCAGAUGAAUCUACUCAAGUUAUUCACGCAUUUGAGAAGAACAAAGGGAGGGCUGAAACUCUAGAAAAGAUGGUCAACUUGGCAGGGUCGAAUACGUUUACUACACUUCAUGCUGGAUACGACUUUUUGAAGACUGACCCGAAUUCUGGUACAUACAAGAAUGUUGGUGCUUUAUUACUGGAUCCCAGUUGCUCGGGAAGUGGAAUUGUUGGUCGGGAUGAUAUGCCCGAAUUACAUCUACCAGGUAUUAAAGAAAUCGUUGCCAAGCCUUCUAGAAACAAAAAGAAGCCGAAGAAGGCACCGGAGCCAGUGGAGACAAGUAAGAAGGAGACAAACAAGAAACGGAAGCGCGAGGAGGAUGGUGAUGCUUUGGAAGUAAUGGUUGAUGACGAUGGAGUGGUUACUGCUGUCGAUAGCGAUGCCGAACUAAAAGCUAGAUUAACAGCUCUUGCAGAGUUUCAGUUGGAACUACUUCUUCAUGCAUUCAAGUAUCCUGCUGCUCGAAAGAUCACCUACUCCACUUGUUCAAUCCAUGCCGAAGAAAACGAAUCUGUUGUUCAGAAGGCUUUAGCCUCUGAUAUUGCAAAAGAAAGGGGUUGGAAAAUUCUUCGUCGUGACAAUCAAAUCCGGGGUAUGAGGGAAUGGCCUGUUCGAGGCUUUAUAGAAGCAUGCGAUGGUGAUGAAGUGGUUGCAGAAGGAUGUAUUCGAGCUAACAAAGGAGAUGGGCAUGCUACUAUGGGAUUCUUCUUGGCGGGGUUUGUGAGAGAUCAAACAUCAACUGUUGAUCCUGAAGCCGGACUCCUGAGAGAUGAACGCGGGCAUCUCGUACGCGAUUUAAUGGGGUUACCAGUCAGAAAAGAUCAGGGAGAUGCAGAGGAAUUUAACGUCGAUGCCCAAAUGGCACCUGUGGAAGCUCAAGAUUUCUCACCGGAAGACGAUGAUGAAUGGGGUGGCUUUGAGGAAGAGGUUGCACCGAUAGUCGAAGAGAAAAAGGAGGUGCAUGCAGUUAUGGAGAAGAAGAAGGAAAAGGCCAAGGUCAACAAACAUGCCCAUGAUGCGAUCAAGAAACGUGUCAAUAUGAGUGUAAAAGACAAGAAACGGCAGAAAACAAAACGAUAA